AUGCCUAGGGCUGAGCGUUCGGAAAACCCUAAGAAAAAAAGAGUGUUCCGUUCGACUGAGAGAGUGGCGAGUGGAACGGCAACCCCAAUGGAGGCGCGAAGAAGAAGAUCGUUCCCAGAGUCAGUAACCGUGCAGAUCAUCGCGAGACUACCUCUGAAAAGCAUCGCGAGAUUCAAAUCGGUGUGCAAACAAUGGAGAUCGUUGAUAGAAUCGUCAUACUUCCGCAGCCUCUUCGUCUCUCUCCACCGAAACUCAUCUUCCUCCUCCUCCUGGUCACUUAUGUUCCCAAUGAAGUAUAAGAAUCCCAUCACCGAAGCUAUAGGCUUCUAUGGAUGCAAGAGAUGGGAUCUUCCCAAAUCCCCAGCCUCCUAUUUCAUCCCUUUUCAACGGUAUCCCAAUCACCCUCCCUUAGACUAUUACUACAUUUCUUCCUCAAACGGAUUGGUUUGGAUUGAAGUGGAAUUCGGAUUUGACGAAAAUCACAAUACCGUAGCCAAAUCAUUUGUGGGCAAUCCAGUUACGCAAGAAUGGGUUGAGAUCCAUCAGCCUCAAGAUCCUUCUAUUAUUCCCACUAGUUUGCUAACGCGUGUUGUGAACGGUGUCGUUUCAAGCUUCAAAAUGAUCAAUACUACUUAUGAGGUUAAUGAUACAAACGAUGUACGGAGCAUGUAUGUGUAUUCUUCUGAGAUAGGGGCAUGGUCUUUCAAGCGGCUUCGCUCCCCUGUUCCCCUCCAGCGAGCUGGUUUUAACAAGCCUUUGAUUCUCAACGGGAUGGUUUAUGUUUGGGACAAGAGAGUGGAUGACGACGAUGAUACUGCCCCUGGAGUUCUUGUAGCUUAUGACUUUUUUGCUGAAGAAGAUGAUAAUCAGUGUCGGAUUAUACCUCUCCCUGUCCCGUAUAGCAAGUGCGUUAGGAGAUGUUUGUCUACUUCAGGAGGAGAUGUUAUCUACGUUGAAAUAUUGGAGCGAAGAUUGAAGGUUUGGAAGCUCAAGAGUAACAACUCUGAUGGAGAGUGGUGGCAGUUGACGAGAGAGGAGAUCGACAUGGCCUCUGCGGGCUUUGAUGUCGAUUGUUUUCCUUUGGGAGUUAACCCGUUUGAUACUGAUUCGGUCUACCUAUGGAGUCGGCAACACGGUUGCGUGGUAUUUGGUAACUUAAGGACACGAGAGUUUACUCUUUGUCAGGAUACAGAGACUUGGAGUGAUGGUGAAGGUAGUUGGCGCAUAAACACGUCUGAUUCUAAGAAGUAUCUGGAUACAUAUGAACUUGAUGCAGCUUUGGUCGUCACGUUAUCACAAUUUGUGCCCCCACAGUGGAUGGAUCCGGUGCCUCGCCCGCCGUAUUGACAUCCUUCUUGUGUCAAUGUUUUCCUAGUGUUGAUUCUGUUUUGUUUCGUCUCAGUUUUUAAUUAAGACACUAUGUAUCAGGUCUUCUCUUUUGUCAUCGACUAGUUGCUCACACUACAUAUUUAUGACUUAAGUUUGAAUGGGUUUCUUUCUUUUGUCA